UGAAAUUCAACAACCUAGUAUCGCUGUGCCAUUCUCUCCCUGAUCCAAUGCCACUCCCUUAACUUGAUAUCUGUUUACUUUAGAGGAGGCAGUUUUUGAGAAAGGAUCAUAAAUAUCCUGGCCUGGUGCCCCAGGAGCCAUGACAAGCAAAAGCACAUACUUGCCUGGAGAUAGCCUUCGUGAUAUUUAAAUGUGUGGGUUAAUUUUUUAUCCACUUUAAUAACUGUUUCUAUUUUUUUUUUUCUCUCUCCUCCAUCUACUUCUUUGCUUUCUAUUUCUGCUCUGAAGCUGUAGGCACAGAAAUCUCUGCAGGCAAAUUGCUCCAGAGCAUAUUGCAGGACAAUCCUAUAACAAAUAACUAAAUUCACGGCAUCUGGAUUCCUGAGCCUUUUUCGAAAUGGCAGGUGUGAGUGGCUGUAUAAAAUAUUCUAUGUUUAUCUUCAACUUCUUGUUCUGGGUAUGUGGUGUCUUGAUCCUGGGACUAGCAAUAUGGGUACGAGUAAGCAAAGAUGGUCAAGAGAUUAUUGGUUCUGGGGACUCUGACAUCACCUCCUAUGUUAGUGUGAAUAUCUUGAUUGCGGUGGGUGCCAUCAUCAUGGUUCUGGGGUUCCUGGGGUGCUGUGGUGCUGUGAAAGAAAGCCGCUGCAUGCUUCUUUUGUUUUUUAUAGGCUUGCUUCUGAUCCUGCUCCUGCAGGUGGCAGCAGGUAUUCUAGGAGCUGCUUUCAAAUCUGAGUCUGAACGCAUUCUGAAUGAGACUCUCCAUGAAAAUGUGAAGCUUUUGAGCAUGACAGAUGAUGGAAAAGCAUUCCAACAAGCCCUGGAUGAAUUUCAAAAAGAGUUUAAAUGCUGUGGUUUGAUCAAAGGACCUACUGAUUGGGGAAAUAAUUUUGAAAACCAUUCUAAGUCAUGUGAAUGUCCACGGAUGCCAGAUUCUUCUUGUACAUUGUAUCAAGGAAUGUAUGUUUACAGUCAGCCAUGCAUUUCUUUCAUAAAAGAAGUAGCUGCAAAACAUAUUAUUGUAAUUAUUGCAAUAGCGUUUGGACUGGCUGUUAUUGAGAUACUUGGUUUGGUAUUUUCUAUGGUCCUGUACUGCCAGAUCGGGAACAAAUGAUCCUGAAAAUAUGUCAAGACGUCAUCAGUGAAAAUGCUUUAAAAUCUUUCUUUGACUUUGUAACUAAAUAUAUAACUGCUGUAUAUGUCAGGAGUAACCAUCUUAUUAAAACAGCUCCUUUAGCUAGACCACAGUAUCUUCUAGACAUGUGAACAUAUUUAAGGUGGGAGGGACAUAAGGAAAAUGAUAUGAAUGUGUAUUUUUACUCAAAAUAAAAGUAACAUUGUUUACA